CGUUUGUUAGUUUUGAAUCUUUGAUUGACGGGCUGCGAGUUGUUUGUGAUAUCAGAGUGUUUUCAGGAUCUUUUGAAGUUUUUUGAAGCUGAUUUUGAUCGAAACUUCGACCAGAAGGGUUUAAAAUUUCAUCUCGUUGAUGUUGUAAAGAAUUCGAGGUGCUGAGUUCGUUUAAACAUGAAUCGAAUACUUGCUAGAGUUUUCAGUAAAAACUCUCUUCCCAUCGUCCAUCGUUCGUACCAUGAAGUGACCGGUGAUAUAGUAUGUCCUUCGAUGGUCCAAGGAAUAGAUCAUAUUCGAGAUUCUCGUCUGAAUAAGGGGUUAGCUUUUACACUGGAAGAAAGGCAAGCUUUGGGUAUUCAUGGUCUGAUGCCACCGUGUUUCAAAACUCAAGCGCAGCAAAUCGACGUAUGCUGGUUCAGUGUGCAGAAAUACCAAGAAGAUCUGAAUAAGUUCGUUUACCUGUCUGAAUUACAGGAUAGAAACGAGCGAUUAUUCUACCGACUUCUAUCCGAACACGUCGAAGAGUUAAUGCCCAUCGUGUAUACGCCUACUGUUGGACUAGCGUGUCAAAAAUUCGGUCUAAUUUAUCGACGACCCAGAGGCCUCUUUAUAACCAUUCACGAUGCCGGACAUGUAUUCGAUAUUUUAAAAAAUUGGCCUGAACCGGAUGUACGAGCGAUCGUCGUUACGGAUGGUGAAAGAAUCUUGGGAUUGGGCGAUUUGGGAGCAUGCGGUAUGGGUAUACCGGUUGGGAAAUUAUCAUUGUACACCGCGUUGGCUGGAAUUAAACCUCAUCAAUGUUUACCCAUCACUAUCGACGUCGGAACCAAUAACCAAAAAUUACUCGACGAUCCGUGUUACAUUGGAUUACGUCAGAAGAGAGUAACUGGGCAAAGAUAUGACGAUCUACUCGACGAAUUUAUGUCCGCCAUUGUUAAACGAUACGGUCAAAAUACUCUGAUCCAAUUUGAAGAUUUCGGAAAUCAUAAUGCGUUCAGAUUCUUGGCGAAAUACCGUAACCAGUAUUGUACUUUUAAUGACGAUAUUCAAGGUACAGCUGCGGUAGCUGUCGCAGGUCUCAUCGCUUCGCAGAAAAUCACCAAGAAACGAUUAUCUGACAAUCAGUUCCUGUUCUUUGGCGCCGGAGAGGCUGCGAUUGGAAUCGCUGAUAUGUGUGUGACAGCGAUGGUUGCCGAAGGUUCAACUAUCGACGAGGCUCGUAAUAGAAUAUGGAUGAUGGAUAUCGAUGGACUUCUCACUAAAAACAGACCGGAAGGACAUCUCGAAGGUAAUAAAGCGUAUUACGCCAAAGAUGUAGGAGUUAAAAAGAAUUUCCUCGAAAUUGUCAAAGAAGUGAAACCUUCGGUUUUAAUAGGAGCUUCUGCAUGUGGCGGUGCCUUUACACCGGAAGUAUUAAGUGUAAUGGCCGAUAACAACGAACGACCUGUGAUAUUCGCUUUGAGUAAUCCUACCAGUAAAGCCGAAUGUACCGCCGAAGACGCCUAUGUCCAUACUCAGGGACGUUGCAUAUUCUCCAGUGGUUCUCCUUUUCCGCCAGUUGAAUUAAACGGGCGUACUUAUCAAACUGGUCAAGGAAACAACGCUUACAUUUUCCCAGGAGUAGCUCUGGGAGUAAUUACGGCCGGAAUUCAUCACGUGACCGAUGAAUUAUUCUUGCUGGCUGCUCGGAUCGUCGCCGACGUUGUUACCGAUGAAGAUAUAGAAAGUGGCAGAGUAUAUCCUCCGUUGAAAAAAGUCAAAGAUUGUUCUUUCGAUAUAGCCGUCAAAAUAGUGGAAUACGCGUAUAAAAAUGGUAUCGCAUCUGUGUAUCCUGAACCUAAAGACUACGAAGCAUUUAUCCGAAAACAGAUGUACGAUUACGCUUACGAUUGUCCUCUUCCGGCCUUGUAUCAUUGGCCUAAAGAAGCUGAAGAAGUCUUAGCUCCCAAACCUAUCUCCGAAUUGACCGGUGAUCAUCUUAAAACCGCUCGUUAAAUAUUUCCAUCUCUCAUAACAAAAUGUCACACAUGCGUAACUCGAUGUUCAAAAUUCUACUUACAUUGAUUUUUUUUUUCAAUUCUACGUAUUUGCUAAGUUUUUAUCAAAAUAAUCUCUCUUAACAAAUUGGUUUUCUGAGCUUUGUGUAAAGAUAUCUAGAGUUGGCGUCAUUCUAUCGUGUCAUAAUGGGAUUAGUUUUAUUGAAAUGUUCCUACUGUAUGUCUGUAACCACUUUGGGUGAAUUAGUUAUCAUUCCGAUAAUUUAUUCUAUAUUUGAUCGGCGAUUUUAAUGGCUAAAGAACCGAAAGUCGGAGCCGAUUAUGUGUCUGUGAUCAUUUUGCGUUUAUAUUUUUUUAUAAGUGUGGGUAAUGAAAUUACUUGCAGUGUUGAUUAAUUAUUUUUAAAAAAAUUUACCAUCAUCUAUUAUUUUUAUUGAGUAUUAUUUUGCGUGGUUAAGUUUCUCAAGUAUUACCAAGUAUUUUUAUCUAUAAUGUAAAAAUAUCGAUGAUCGUCGAUUUUUUUUUAAAUAGUUCUUUUGAUGCGUCAUGAUGCCAAGUCGCCAAGAGUCGUAGGAUUUUAAUUGAGAUCUGUUUUUUUCACAAUUUUUGCAUAAAAAUUCUUCAUUAAAAAAGUCUUUGUCGAUUUUUUUUUUUUUUGAAAAAUAUGUAAUCCAAAAUUCUGUAAUAAUUGACCACACGAUUUUAGUAAUUGACAAAACAGGGUAAUUAGCUCUUCGAAAAUUAUUUUAAAGCAGCGUUUUUUUCCUGUUCUAUCAACAAGAACCGCAAAUUUUAUUCAGCUAUCAAGGAUUUUUUUAUUACUGAAUAAGGGAAAUUGUAAAAAAUCUGAAAUACUCUUUCGAGUAUUUUCGUCGAAGAAAUGGGCCAAAUGAUUUCCUCUUCGACUCUCGGUAUUUGAUCCUACGUUCGGUGUGAUUGUUUUCACAAUAUUUUCCAAGUUGAUGAAUCAUAGUAAUUCAUGAAACUAAGCUUUAAAAAAAUUCAAUUAAUAUCGUCAAUAUUAUUAUCAAUGCAUUAAAUCGAAAAUUUGAUUUUACUCUGUAAAUUUGGCUACAGAAGUUGCUAAAUGUUCAUUUUAUUAAUUCUAAUUUUAAAAUGCUAUAAUGUUAAAUCCGCCGAAUAAUUGUUAGAAAAAUCUUGAAUGUCAAUUUUCUUCUCAUUUAAUUAUUAAAACAUAUCUACGACUUCAUAUUAUUUUCAAUUUCAAUUUAUUCAUUUCUUUCUGGCAAAGUGGACGCGAAUUCGUCAAUUUAUCAAUUAUAUUUCGUCCGAAUCGUGAAAGUUUGAUAAACUAUUUUAACAUUUUGCCGAGAUAGUAAACCAUAAUCUAUAUAAACCGGAACUUGAUCGUUCUAUUUUUUAAAAUUUAGAAAUAGUUUACUCCUCUUUUUUGAAGCCCGAUUUAGGUUCUUAUGGUCAACAAGAGUGAGUCUGAGGUGUGUGAAUAAAAUAGAACCAAAUUCUAAGAAGACACACCAAUGCCCUUUCAGCUCCUUGCUCGCUUCUCCAAUCGAGAAAAUGAUAUCAGAUUGAUAAUCUGUGAGGUCAGAACGACGCCAAAAUCAAAAUGACCUUGAUCGAAGUGAAAGAAUUUUGGGUCGAGUGCAAAAUCACGGAAAUAUUUUAUAUAAAAUGUAUUUAUUAAAAAUAUAAGAUUUUCUAUACUAUAAAUGGUUACUAAUUUGUUCGUUAAUAAAUUACACGAAUAAACAAAAUUGUUUUAAAAAUCCAAUUCAACUAAGUAUUUUCCAUCGCCAUUCGUAGAAGACGCAAGCUUCCAAAAAUACGCUUAACAUACACAUAACACAAACACAAAAAUGAGCACUAAACUGGUAACAUCCUGUAAAUUUGAUUUGAGCAUUACGUUACAAUAUAGUAUACAAAAUACAAAUAAAUAAAUUAUAUUCACGUC